GCGCAUGCUCGCUGGUCCACCGACUCGUCACUGCGCAUUCAACAUGGACCCGUCGGAGGAGCGUUUGCGUCGGACGCCUUAUACGAGUAAUGUUAAUAUUCGCCCAUAACGAGCCUUCAUAUUCGAGAAGAAAACACUCCUGUUAACCGGAGGAAAUCUACAAUGUACAGCGUUCAAAGUCAGAGCCCCGUCCUUGGAUAAGUUCUUCAUGAGAUUACGGUCAUGGCUGGAUUGAUCAAGAAACAGAUCCUGAAACAUCUCUCCAGGUUUGCUAAGAACCUCUCUCCAGAUAAGAUUAAUCUGAGCACUCUGAAAGGGGAGGGCCAGCUUACCAACCUGGAGCUGGAUGAGGAGGUUUUGCAGAAUAUGCUGGAUCUACCCACGUGGCUCGCCAUUAAUAAAGUCUUCUGCAACAAAGCUGCCAUCCGGAUCCCAUGGACCAAACUGAAGACUCAGCCGAUCUCUCUGUCUUUGGAUAAAGUUGUCAUGGAGAUGAGCACCUGUGACGAGCCUCGCCCUCCCAACGGCCCAUCACCUAUAGCAACAGCCUCGGGUCAAAGUGAAUAUGGUUUUGCGGAGAAGGUGGUGGAGGGCAUCUCACUCUCUAUCAACUCCAUAGUAAUUCGGAUCAGCGCCAAAGCCUUCAACGCCUCCUUUGAGCUGUCACAGCUCCAGGUCAACAGCGUCAACACCAGCUGGGCCACCAGCGACCUCCGAUACACACGCAUCCUGGACCCUACACGUGGAGAGAUCCUAACCUUUAAGGAAGUGAGUUGGCAGAUGAUCAGGAUCGAAGCGGACGCCAUCCAGAGCACAGAGCAUGAGGUCGUCAGCGCCCCCAUACGCCUCAUCACCAACCAAUCAAAGAUCAGAGUCACUUUAAAGAGAAAGAUGAAGGACUGUAAUGUAGUGGCAUCUAAGCUGAUUCUGAUCCUGGAUGACCUGCUGUGGGUGCUGACAGACUCUCAGCUCAAGGCCAUGGUGCAGUACGCCAAGUCUCUCAGUGAAGCCAUGGAGAAAUCAGCUGCUCAGCGAAAGAGCAUGGCCCCUGACACCACACAGGUAACGCCAGCACCCCCCUCAACACAGCAGGUGCGCACUCAGCAGGCUUCAACCACGGCAGAUCAGAGCGCCUCUAUGGCACGCCUCUUCAACUCUCACGAUGUUCGCGAGACAUCACACCACCUCCAGAUCACACACCUUGACCUUCACAUCUGUGAUGACACCAAUGCCAAGGACAGAGGAAUUAAUAAGAGAUUAGACGGUGGUGCCAUGCAGUUGUCCUUCAGUUCUAUCACCAUUGACUACUACCCCUACCACAAAGCUGGUGAGGGCUGUCUGCAUUGGAUGCAUUAUGGAGAGGCCACAAAGUCACGUGAGACCUGGGCUUGUUCUCUUCUGGAGGAGUUUAAGUCCAAUGUGGACAUGCUUAAAAUUGCAGUCAGCGGCCAGUCCAAAAGUUCCCCCCAGCAUGGUAAAAUCUCCACAAGCUCCAGUAGUUCUUUCUCGCCCUCACCUACACCUAGAACUCAGCUCAUGUCCAGUUCUAUUGUGCUGCGGAUGGCAGAUUUCAGCAUCUAUCAGGUGUCUACAGCAGACCAGUCACGCUCCAGUCCUCAAAGCAUGAUCUCCUGCAAUAAGAAAUCCCUCUACCUCCCUCAAGAGAUGCCUGCCAUUCAUGCAGAGUUCACCGAGUACUACUUCCCAGACGGCAAAGACUAUCCCAUCCCUUGUCCUAAUCUGUACGUGCAGUUGAAUGCUCUGCAGCUGGUGCUUGACUCUCGCAGUCUGGUUUGGCUCAAUCUGUUUGCGCUGGACCUUCUUCAGAGUCUGGAACAGUUUAUAGAGCUGUACAAACUCAAUGACUCCCAGAAACCUGACGAGCAUGUGGAUAUCAGAGUGGACGGACUUAUGCUGAAGCUGGUGAUCCCUACAGACCAGGUGAAGACUCAGCCUGACCAGCCUCGCUCUGUGUCAGUGCAGACAUCUGAAAUGGUGGCUACCAACACACGUCACUCUUCAGGAUGCUCUCGGUCCAAUCUGGAGGCUCUGUUGCAGGCCUUCCAGGAGCAACCCUUCUUUACCUCCCUCUCUUCCUCCUUUCCCCGUGCUCAAAACUCUUUUGCUGUGCUGCAUUCCGUCUUCCUGCGCCAUGCCCACGAGCAGGACACGCGUGUUCAUGAUGUGUACCGGGGCCUCGCCCCACCCUCUCUCUCCACAAAUGCACUCAAAACGCCGGCGGCCACUGACUUGUGGGCCAUGCACUUUUCUCAGUUCUGGAUAGACUAUGAAGGUUCUCGCAGUGGUCGAGGUCGCCCGACUCCCUGUGUGGACUCCUUCCCUCUCACCCUUUGGGUGUGCCAUCCUGCCCGAUACACCCAGCAUCAAGAGAGGCUGAAAGCGGGGGUAGGGUCAGGGCUUUUGCCUCGGAGUGAGUCAGCAGAGAUAGCCAAUCGUCUGCAGAGGAAGAAGCUUCUUAAGGAGUUCUACAGCACUGAUGCAUCACCUAGUAACACCCCAAGCAAUGGUCUCCAUAAACCCCACUCUCUUGAUGGCCUACACAGCCACUCCUCCUCUUCUCGCUCCCUUGCAUCCUCCUCCUCUUUGGCAAGCAAAGUGGACUUGCAGGUUCUGAUUCAUAUCCAGAAGCACCUGAGUGCUCAGGUGAGCCAUGGGCAGUAUGUGUUCUUGCACAGACUGCAACAUGCUGUGAAAUCUCUGCAACGCACUUUACAGCAAGAUCUGGAGCAGUACGGCUCCAAGCGCCAGGGCCCUGUCCAGCCUUUCAGUGCCUGCGUAGGUGUGCUCAUGAAAAGCGCAGAAGUUGCCCUACUCCUAAAGCCCAUACCUCAGCCGGACUCUAGUACAAGCCCCAUUAAUUCUGACCUGUCUCCAUCAGAGAGCAGAGCCACUCUGGAGGCUGGUAGUGAAGGGGGUGAGGGCCCAGAGAGACCCUCAGCUGCAGGGGAGGGAGCUCGGUCAACAAGCUCUGUGGAUCAGCUCCUUUUUGUAGGUACAGAUUCAGGUACACAUGGCAUGAAUAUAUCUCCCCUACUCCCUUCCUCGUCUCCUUCUGCCCUGAGAAAGGGGUCUACAGAUGAGAGGAGUGGCUUGGUGGCUGGAGGAAGGGUGGCGACUGAGGAGAAAAGGGACUUCAGAGAAGGAUAUCUGGAUGGGGAUGGAAGCAGAACUGAAGCCAAAGGGCAACAGAGUGAAACCUUACAACCUCCACAAGGUGGAUCUGUGGUAUUGGAUCCCUUCUCCGACACUUCUUCCGGAGAUUGGAACGAUAAGAGUCAGGGAGGCAGGCUGCCUCAGUCCAUGUCCAGUGGUCGGUUGAUGCAGGGCAAGUCUCAGUCAAGUUUCUCAGUGUCCUAUAAGAACAUGAAGAAAAGCCCCUCACUACAGUCUCUGGAUGACCUCUCUAUAGACAGCUACUCACUGGAAGACUGUGACACCUACAGCCUGCUGGAGAGAGAUGAUGUGUCGAUCUCUGGUUUUAAGGCUCUAAAUGAACCGAAUUCCACAGAAAGGGCCGCUGUGACUCUUGCUCAGGAAGCAGAUGAGGCCCAGUCACCUGAUGCCAUCAGCGCUGCUUCCCAGAGCAUCGACGAGCCCACAAAAGACCUCAUUUCGGUUCUGGUUUUGAAGGUUCACUCGGUCUGUUGCUCUCUGGAUCUGAAGGGUGAUGACACAGCAGUAGCUCUGGAGGUGGGACGCAUCCGGCCCAAUCAGCUCGGCAACGUCAGUUUGCGGCAGUAUCUUAGCAACCGCAGCCUGGGUUUAGUGUCCUCAGCAUCAGUCACUCAGAGUGAUGAAGGUUCUGGAUCAGGGUUGGACCCCAGCACGGUGCUGUUAAAUCCAGAGGUGCAUGUGAGACUGGAGAGCGGUCCAGGAGCUGCGGUCCACUCUCCGCUCGCCAAACAAAAUGGCUUUCUGCAGUGCCGCCUACAGGCCUUCAAUGCUGACUUCCUAAUGACAUCACUGCGAAACCUCGCCAUGUUCCUGGAGGAUGACUCCGCCUCCCAGGUCCUGCCUAUGGAGAUUGCCAUCAAAGAUACACACGUGAACUUAAAGGAUAAUGAUCCCAGUGACAACGCAUCAGAGCUGGAGGCCACGCCCAUCACCCUGCAUAUUCACAAUCUGCUCAUCCAUCGUCAAGACGACGGCUCAUUCAGCAUUGGAGGAGCUGAGCGCGCUGCGGAAUCAAAGCUUCAGAAGGCGGGGCCUGUGAAUGACAGCAAGCUCAGUUCUGUCUCUAAACUUCCUGUGGGUGUGGCCAGCGAGGCUAAAGCCACUCAGACUGCACCUCUGUCACCCACAAGUCCCACCCCCUCUAGUCAUGAACAGCUGCUCAUGGAAGAGAAUGAAUGCUUGAAACUGGAGCUGUCCAAAGCCAAGAUGGCACUAGCUGAAGCCCAGAUGGAGAAAGACUCUCUCCAGCAUCAAAUGAAGACACUUAAACUCACCAGCAGGGGAAGCAACAGCUAGUGGCAGAGUGUGUGCAUACAAAGCUGACACUUGCCACAAGGGGGCAGCAGAGUGCUUGGAGGGGCCCAGCACCGUAAGAAAGCCGAACUCUGCAGACCUGGAUGUAGCUUGGGAGAGGAUGGCGUGCGCUCUCAACCACACUCGGGAUCCAACUUUGCAAUCAGUGGCAUCUGCUUUAAAGAACAGUGUUCUUUACUAUAGUGUACACACAAUACUUUAGUUUCUGAAAACAAAUCCAGUGAAAAGUCUCUGGAUCGCCAGCUGAAUUUCACAGCUUUCCACUCAUUUUAUGCUUGUCAGCUCGCUUGUAGGUUACCAUACAUCAUUUGUGUCCUCUCUUCUAGUUUUUACUAUUUGUUACAGAGUUUGUCAAUUUGGCAUCUGUAGGUGGGGGCUGCUCAUUCAGUCCCCUAAGAUAUCCUCUCUCUCUCUCUCUCUCUCUCUCCAACCAAUCGUAAGCAGUGUAGGAGCACAUUCCACUCUUGACCUCUAAUCCCAGGACAGUCUUACUGAGAGUCAGGGUGUGUGACGUUGAAUGUCAUAUCUUUGGAGGAAUGUCUUAAAAAAAAUGUUUUUGAACUCAUUGAACAAGAACUAAAAAUAACUUAUUUAGUUCUUAAUAAAUUUGUGUUUAUGUAUAGUAAUUGUGAUACACAAGAAUGUUUUGUUAAUACAUUAAGUGUGAUUGAAUUCGUGUGUGAGUGGACAUUUUUACAUCUCAUUGUUACACUAGUGUCUCAAAAAUGGGAAUAUCUUUUUGUAAUUAUAUAUGUUCAUGAAGACACACUACAGGACUUUGUAGAAGUUGAUUGUGUCCUGCUUUAUGGAGAAGAUGUGUUGGUGCAACACUGAUAUUAGUUUAGUAUUUUGGGACAAAACACACGCUGCACCAUUCCACCUUUGUCUUUGUUUCUAGGUUAAUGUCUGCACUGCUACAGUCAAAUGAGCUCAAUGAUUCAUUUUGUAGUUGAUUUUUCUGUUGCAAUUUCACUCGGUUUGAAUAUGCGAUUUGUAACUUGCUUGUCACAUUGUUAAUCUGAUUACCAGCAUUUCUGCAGAAAAAUCAAAACAGUGGUAACUAAACCACAGAGAUGAAAAACAUGCGCUGGAAGAGAUGCAUGGUUUAAAAUCACUCAAAGAGUUUGUAUUUGUUUGUUUUCCAUGGCUUGUCUUAGUUAUGCUUUCAAGAUAGAUAAGCCUCCUUUUGUAUGAUGAAAUGGCCCCACUAUAGGAUGCCAACAUUUUUUAAAAAUGUUUCUUGGUUUUGAUCGUGACUUCUCUCUCUUACUCCAUCCCGAAUUUUUUUUUUUAUUCCCUUUGUUUCUCUCUCUCUCUGUGUCUAUAUAUAUAUAUAUAUCGAAGCCUCUACAAGUGCCUAUGUCUGCACACCUUCUCCAGAGGUUCUGCUCAUUUCUUUUCUCACAUUUUUUUCUUUAAAAGAAUGUUUUAAUGCUCUUCAUACCACAAGCUUCCAUCUGGAGUGAAUUUCUCAGAUGAUUGGACAUGAAAAUGGAGAGCAGAACGACAAACGCCUGAUUGUAGACUAAGUAAAGGGGAACCUGAAUUUUUUCUUCUGUAGUACUAGGGCACAUCCCAACGUCACCUUAGACAUGUCCCAAAACAUAAUAGACACGCCCCACCUCUUUAGCACAAAUGAAAAACAAUGAAGCUCAAUCAAGCAAUCUAGUGAAAUUAUAAUUUCUUGUGUCUGUCAGAAGCUGCUGAAGUAUUGAAACAUCUGAAAUAAAAUGCUGAAAUUAAA